AUGACAAGAAAGACUAAGACCUGCGGUGUUUAUAACGACACACUGGAAGAGGUUUCAAAGUGGAUUAACGAAAUGCGAUCUCCAGGACAACUCACUCCGAUGCUUCUUAGUGGCCUUCCAGGAAAAAUGCAGCGCGGAAAUAGCAAUGUUGGCUCCGAAAAGAUGCAGCCCCGUCACAUCUCCUACUACAUGCCCAGCAAAUCCAAACACAACAACUUCACCAGACGUGGCACCGUUGUUCGAAUGAACCUGUCCUUUGCGCACGAUUUGGCCUCCUUUGUAUCAAUGGUUGACGGGAAAAUAUAA